UCGCACAUGCGCACUGCAGAUCGGGCAGGGCUGCAGAUCGGGUAGUGACGGUAGUGACCUACAGUCUAUGGUAGUGACAGUGACAACGGCUGCUGUCACCACCUGUAUUUAUUGUCCUCUCAAGACAGGAAGGAGCCAUCACAUACAGGAUAUUACAACUAGUUCCUGAACAGCUUCACUUCUUAGUGUGAAGAAGAAGAAGAAGAAGAAGAAGAAGAGCGACAAGGACACCCGAGGACUCGAGAGCCCAGCCCACUGCAGUUUCAUGAUGGCGGCGAUGGACCAGAGUCCAUUUUCUCUGUUGAGUCUGGAGGAAGAGCUGAGCUGCAGCAUCUGUCUGUGUCCCUUUGACUGCCCGGUGACCAUCCCCUGCGGACACAACUUCUGCCAGGACUGCAUCCUCGCGAGCUGGAAGGACUCCUACAGCUGUCCUCAGUGUCGGACCCACUUCCCCACCAAACCGGAGCUGAAGAAAAACACGGUCCUCAGCACCGUCGUGGAGACCUUCAACCUGCGGUCGACCAAGAGCGAGGCCGACCUGGGGACAGCAGAGGACAGCCAAGCGGAGAGCCAGGAUGUCAUACGCUGUGAUACAUGUAUGGAAGCAGAAGCGGCGCAGACCUGCCUCACCUGCAUGGCCUCUUUCUGCGAGGAGCACCUGCGGCCUCACCGGGAAAACCCAACAUUUAGAGUCCACCAGCUGAGUGAGCCUGUCGGCGACCUGUCCGAGCGCAUCUGCCCAGACCACCACAAGCUGAUGGAGCUCUUCUGCAGCCAGCAUUGCCGUCCCAUCUGCAGCCUCUGCCUCCAGCUGGUCCACAAAGGCUGCUCCUUUAUGUCCCCGGAGGAGCAGAGGAACCUGAAAGAGUCCGACCUGAGAGGCAAGUUGGCUAUCCUGGACGAGAAAAUAAUGAAGAACGAGCGAGUUAUUUCGCAUAUUGGUGACAUGGAGGACAAGCUAAAGGACUCAGCGACCAACAGGAAGAAGGCCCUGGCAGCUGAGUAUCAGCAGAUCCGGGAUAUGUUGGCCCGAGAGGAGAGUGAAGCUCUGACUGCUGUUGACUGCGAGCUGCAGAGUGGUCAGACUAAGCUUAAGGGUCUCUCAAAGAAGUUCAAUGAGAACGUUGUUCAUAUGAGUAAAGCUAAAGAAGACAUCAUCAGUCUGCUGAGUCAGUCCCAGACUCUUGCCUUCCUACAGGCGUCAGUCAACCUGCCAAAGGCUGCCAGCUUUGACCCUUACACCCCUCAAAUCAACCUGGAUUCUAAGAAGGUGAAAGCCACGCAGGACUUUUGUGCAGACCUGAAGGAGCACCUGACGGAGAUGUUUAAACCGCCUGUUGAGGACAGACUGCGGAUACGCAAACCGGCAACGGAAAGCACUGGACCUCAUCCCAUAUCUGAAUUCAACAAUCUUCCAAAGCAGAAAAGGCCCCCCAGGUCCCACAGUCCAGGUCGUCCCCUCAUCGAGUCAUUAUACCAGCCAGUUUACAUGGGGUCACAUCCACACCACUUUGCACCCCAGCAUCAACCAGGCUACAACAGGGAUCUCCAUUUUAUGGCAGGACAAAAGACAAAGCCGCAAAGGACAGGUCCAGGCUCUCAACACAAAGCAGGCCCAAAGGAGAAGUCUCAAAAACCAAAAUCUCACAAAGCUCCAAAAGACAAUAUUGGACAAAAGAAUGAAGAACGCUCAACAGAAAACCUCUUGGAUUUAGGUGGGAUAAUCCAACCCAGAAGCAGUACUCCUCCAGCUUAUUUGAAUAAACCAGAAAUGUCAGACAUUCCACCAAGCAUAACAUCUGCUGAAAAAAGAACCGAACUUUUGAAAUAUGGUACAGUUCUCACUUUGGAUCCAAAGACGGCCCACAAACGCAUCGCUCUGAGUGAGGGCUUCACUAAGGCCUCUGUGUCAGAUGAACACACAGACUAUCCCGACUUCCCUGAACGCUUCUCGGUCUGCUCCCAGGUGCUCGCUCGUCAGAGUUUCUCUCAAGGCCGCCACUACUGGGAAGUGCGACUGAGCUGCAACAACUUCAUUGGCGUAGGCUUGGCUUACAGAAGCAUUGACCGCAAAGGUCCCACCAGUCGACUGGGCCGCAACGACCAGUCCUGGUGUAUCGAGUGGUUCAACGUCAAGCUGUCCGCUUGGCACAACAGCAAUGAGACCGUGCUGGUCAAUCCCGAUCCCAAGCGCGUAGGCGUGCUGUUGGAUUGUGACGAGGGCACUGCUACGUUCUAUAACGUGGCAGACAGGGCGUAUCCCUUCCACACCUUUGUGUUCCCCUUUGCCCAAGCUGUGUGUCCAGCUUUCUGGAUUUUCUCAAGUGGCUCGUCCAUUUCUAUGUGCAAGCUUCAGGCAUGAGGAGCAUAUGCACAGAAUUGGCGAUGCGGGCACACUCGUAAUACACAGCCUUUUCUUCUAAAUACACUCAUAAUAAUGAAAUAUAAUACACUGCUUUGUUCACUUAUUAAGACAUUCCCUGUUAACCCACCUCCAGCUAACAUUUAGUCAAAAUCAAUUGAAGUUGCAACUAAAUGGUUCUUUGUGCUGUUGGAGUGUUCAGGUGAAACUUGAUUGUCCCCACUUUUAGUGCUCGCUGAUUUAGCUUGGCUUUAACAAAGAAAAUGAAGGAAUAACUCAAAUGUGUUUGUCUGAAAAUGUCAGCACACAGUCCUUAUCUUCUAAACUUAAAUGGACUCGCAUGCAAACGAUAGCGCCAUCGCUGUUGUCGUUAGCUAUGCUAGCUGUGAUUUACAGCAGCUGAAUUUUUGGUUAUGUGACCAAAAACGAUUAAGACUGCUUUUCUAAACACGUAAAAGCAACAUGCUUCGUGUUUUCCAGUCUAUAAACUGCAUCCCAGGUGGUUUGAACACACCUGAGCAUCGAUAUGACUUCUGUCAUUAGGAUUAGAAGAAGCAAACAGAACGCCGCGCACUGUACUCUUACCGUACAGCAUGUGUGUGCUAGUCUUUCUCCUGUAUGGUGACUGUGACUGGAUAAAGAAGUGAAUUAUUACGUCACGCUCCAGCAUGUGUCAGUACAGUGUUUUCAUAUGUCCGCAUGUGGAAAAUGUACGAUCGUUUUGGAGUGCAUUGAAGUUAAGGGCUGGGCGAUAUGGCAAAACAUUUGAUCAAGUUAUUUGUUUUUCAUUCUGAUGACCUUUAAAAUAUUUCUUACAGUCUCUAAAUCGUUUUACCUUUUGAUCCAAAAUCAAUAAUCAACCAUCCGUGUUUAAUGGCUUGUGCAUUUCAGACUACUUUAAAAAAUGCUAAUAAUUAUGAUAGAGAUUAAGUUGAAAAUGUAAAAUAAAAAGCUCAGAAAUUGACAAAAAACGCCAAUGUUCUUUGAUACUAUACAGGUAUACAUUUGCAAAAAAAACUGAAUUGUUCCCGCAAAUGAAUGCCUCUUAUAAUAUGAGAAUAUUGGAGGGUUUUUUCUCAUUAUUGUUCAGUUUUUAUCUCCCUAACGUUCAAUUGCUAAUUUACGCCACUGUAAGGUUGCAAGUUGAUUGGCUAGAACAUAAUUAGUUUCUGCGAUGUGAUUGGCUGUUCCAUGUGCGAGAGCAGAGUACAAUGCAGUAGUUGGUAUUAGCGGUGUUACAGUGUUUUACAAAUGCUGAUUAAAUGAUGAGCCAUUCAACAUAAAAGAAUCAGAAUCUUCAACAAUCUUUUCUUGUUAUAUCUCCCGUGUAGUCAAUAACACAGGUGAUGUCUCCAGUUUAUUAACCGAUGGAAAAGGUUUCCUCAACCGUGGCAUCGCUUCCCUACUGACCAUGUAUUGACAUUUUGUUUAUCAAGAAAAGUGCAUAUAUCGUUAUCGCCCAGCUCUAAAGCGUCACUUCCUCAACUCUUUUUCGGCUGAUGUGAAUUAAAGUCAUAUAGACAAGUUCCAUCAAGUUUUGAUGAAUCUUUCCUUUUGAUUGUUUUUAUUGGAUGUUACCUUUUUAUUGGUGACGUUAGAGCAGUGGUCACCAACCUUUUUAAGCCCAAGAUAACCGACGUCGGCCUAGGUGAAAGGCGAGAUCUACCUAUUGCAGAAUUGAGUGAAAAAGACGGCCCAGGCAGUGCUUCCAAUUUGCCGUCCUCUCUUGUGUCACGAUGAGGUUCACGUAAAGCACGGUUAAUGUAUUAUAUUAUUGAAGUGUCUCAAAUAUACGUUAAUCAAGUGGCAUCUGCUAACGGGGUGGUGGAUGAUAGGUUUACAUCUAAAAACGUAUUUUUCAAACAUUAUUAUUUUUAUUUUAUUUUUCUUUCUUUUGUUACUUGUUUUUUUAACGGUCCGCGAUCUAGCCGCACCACACUCGCGAUCGAUCGACUGGUUGGCGACCACUGCGUUAGAGGAAAGAAUUUAGGGAAAGGAAACGGGUGUUGUUCUUGCAUCCUUUACUCCAUAGAUGUACAUUGAUAUACAAUUUCACAUCUAUGGUGGGCAAAUUAAACUAACAAGCCAUCAGCCUGGUCUGUUGGCUUUGUGUAAGGUGGUGUGAAGCUAGUUAGCUGUAUAGUUUCACAGGGGUUAAUUAUUUGUUGUGUGAUACAAAGUUUACCCCGGCUUGUAAGAUGAUGAUGUCCCGCGAGGGUGCUCAUCUUGUGCUAAAUCGUGUGAAACAACAAACUGUAUGGGUGUCUAGCAGUAGAGAUCUGUCUACACAACAUGCGGUGGUACGUUCACGGUGAAGUUAGCCGUUUGAACACAGUUCUCUGUUCUAAUAACCUCACAGGUUUUUAAAAAAAGAAAGUUUUUCCUUGAUGAUUUUGCUGAAAAACUGGUAAAGGUUUGUGUUAUGGAAAUAAUUGUCAUAGACGCCAAGAUGUGACAUACAGGACAAACCUUGAUGUCUGUUUACCUUCUUUAAGGACACAGGCUGCUUAGCCAAUAAUGUUAUUGUUCCCAUUCUGUGACCGGUCAAUACUGGGUCACAGAUGGUCUGUGUUGUGGGUACACUGGGACACUUCCUUCUCUGUAUUUGUGGACUCCAAGGUAAAAUCUUCGAGGUCAUAAGUGUCCGACGCAAGUAGCUCAGUGUUCCCACACUGUUUAGGCUAUCUUCUCAAAUAUGUUGUUUACUCUCUGCGAAACCAGUUAGAUGGGCUGGCAAGAGAGAGGCUCUCCAGAAUUGACGUGGCAACUCUACCGUGGAGUCAGAACCUCUGACUCUUGGAUUUGUGAUGUGAAUACUCUGGUACCAACUCCAAAUAAAUCACAGUGGUUUGACAUCAAAGCUCCGACUCUUCCCGUGUCUCCUUCCUGAGUCGGUGACUCCACUGCAUGCUACACAGAAGUUUCCUCUACAGUUUGGACGUGAUCUCAGUUUUGAGUCUUAAUGGUUGGAUAAGUUCAAAUAUCUCAGAUUCGUUUCAGGCAAUGCACUUCAGGUACAGUGUUAUUAUUAGGCUCCAUGCUAUUGUGUGAAGGAACCGUACAUCAUUGCAUGUAAAGUCUGAACCUGUAUAAUGAAAUCUGCUGUUUUCUGUUAACACAAGUCAACACAAUGAAGAGCUGUGGUUUGGGACACAGCUCCGCAGACUCCUGUGACGUGAUGAUCAUUUUGUUUGUUUGCCGUGCAUUUACUGAAACUGUGUUCAUUGUUCUUCGCAUCAUAUAUGGUCGAGGGUUGUAUAACACUUGAACUGUCAAACCAAACCAACCUGUGUGUAAUGCUUAAUGUACGGUGGUUGUUUUCAGGUGUUUGCCAUUGUCUUAAAAUUCCAGUGAUUAUGGCUCUUUUACAUUAAAUCAAUCUCUAAAUAAAUAAACCAAUGCUUACUAUUAAUAAAGUGUGCUCUAUCAAAAA